AUGAUUGGCAAAAAUAUUACCAAAACUUUGUGUUUAAUACAACGAAAUAAUCUGUUAAAGAUUCCAAAGAAAAAAUAUUUCUAUUAUUUUUUAAGCUUCGAAGCUUAUCAGAGAAAUUUUUUGCAAGGUUCUGAAUGGAACCUUUUGAUGAUUUUGGAGGUACCUAUCAAAGAUAUUGAAAUUCGGAGGUUCCGGAUAGAACCUAUCAAAGAUAUUGGAAUUUGGAGAUUCUUCUGUUUUGGACUUUGGAGACGAAGGGUUCUUCGGUUACUGGACUUUGAAGACGACGGAUUUUUAUUUUGUAAAAUAUGUGCAGAAUUUAAUAACAAAAAUCUGCGCAGAACUUUGUUAUUUAUAAAAUCUGCGCAGUUUUUUAUUGUAUUUUUCCUCUGA